CGCUCACGAGUUUACUAUGCAUCCUAUGCAAAUAUUGGUGAUGAGAUGGAACCACCAGUGGAGCAGAUCUCCCCUUCAGAACAAAAUCCUGAAGGAGGAGAACGACGUCGACGUAUCGUCUCGAGAAUUGUGGCCGCAUCGGUGGUCAUUGACGGUAGAUCCGUUAGCAUACCAUCAUUACCGAGACCGAUUGUCAUCACAUUCCAUCACCAUCCAGAAACAUUGCGACGAAUGUCCUCUCCACAAUGUUCAUGGUGGGAUAUGGAGGACUUGGAAUGGUCACAAACAGGGUGCAUGCUCAAGUCGCAUAAUACGACUCAUACCGUAUGCGCUUGUAAUCACAUGACACACUAUGCUGUGCUUAUGGACUAUGUCGGACAUGAGGUCUCGACUAUGGACAGUCAACUUCUCACAAUUAUCACCUAUGCCGGCUGUACGCUGUCGAUCAUUUGCCUCAUUGUGACAUUCCUUUGCUUCGUAGUUUUCGUCACUGGAGGAGGCGAUAGGUAA